AGUGGAGAAAGGCAGGGAGGGAAGAACUGGGGAGAAGGGAGAGGGACAGACAGGGAACAGAGUUUAGGCAAAAUAGUAUUGGGCAGUAGGAAUUUUUCUUGUUUAUUGUUAGAACAAAAUAGUGGAGGGAUCUCUAGAGUGGGGGAAAGAAGUGUACAUCUGCAUCGGAGUCGGUAAACACUUCCCGACGCUCAUUUACUUGUGCAGCAGAUAGAAAACCUGUGGGGUUCGGGGGGAGGAACCUUAGUCUGAGUUAAGACAGACUGUGCCCCUGGCAGGAGAAAGGACCACCCCAGCCCUUCCGGUAGAGAGGUAGCUCCCAGCCUCAGCUGUCCGGUCUUCUCUCCUGGCUAGCACCCUCCGCUCAGAGGCAACGAGCAGUCAGUCACUGUGCAGGAUUCCCUCUGAUCCCUGCAGCAGGCACAAGCUGAGUCUUCUAACCUGCUGCACUGAAUCAGAAUGAGUCAUUUGAAGCUCCGGGAACAAAGUACUUGCAGCUGCCUCUCAAGACACUGCCUCCAUGUAGGUGGGACACACCUCUGAGGGCAGUCACGUUUUUUUUCCUCCUUCCUUCAAACAGGCAGGGAUUUCUUGAUGCUCCCCAAAGACUGGCUCUACCCCCUCGGCUCGACUGCCCCUACAAUGUGGCUCCUGCUUCUCCAGGUCGGGACCGGGGUUUUAAAAUAAAAUGGAUGAUUUGACGUUACUUGAUCUCCUGGAGUGUCCUGUGUGCUUUGAAAAGCUCGAUGUCACAGCCAAGGUCCUCCCCUGCCAGCACACCUUCUGCAAACCAUGUCUCCAGAGGAUUUUCAAGGCCCACAAGGAGCUGAGGUGCCCGGAAUGCAGGACCCUGGUGCUCUGCAGCAUCGAGGCGCUGCCAGCCAACCUGUUGCUGGUGCGUCUGCUGGACGGUGUGCGCUCUGGACAGAGCUCGUGGAGAGGGGGCUCCUUUCGCAGGCCUGGGAUCCUGACCUUGCAGGACAACAGGAAAGCCAGGAGCAGCCCUCGAAGUCUACAGGCCAGCCCUUUCCGGCUGGUGCCCAGCGUCCGGAUCCACAUGGAUGGGGUACCUCGAGCCAAGGCCUUGUGCAACUACAGAGGGAAGAAUCCUGGUGACCUGAAGUUUAAUAAAGGAGAUGUCAUUCUCCUUCGGAGACAGCUUGACGAGAACUGGUACCAGGGGGAGAUCAAUGGGGUCAGUGGGGUCUUCCCAGCCAGCUCUGUGGAAGUCAUCAAGCAACUGCCCCAGCCACCCCCGCUCUGCAGGGCCCUCUACAACUUUGACCUUCGAGACAAGAAUAAGAGUGAGAAGCAGGACUGCCUGACCUUCCUCAAGCCAAACCUCACAGCAAGACACCUCCUAGAGAAGAACAAAGGGCAUCAGUUAUCACGCACCAAAAACCUGUCCCUAAUGUCUUCACCAUCCAGAGGCAAAGCAACCAACACUUCCAGCCUCCGAAAGAGCCCAGGGUCCAGGAGGAAGGGGUCCGGGCAGUCCAUCACAACAGCUUUGAACACACUCAACCGCAUGGUCCAUUCUCCUGAAGGUCAUCCGAUGAGGGAAGCCAGCAUCCCGGUGCUCAUCAGCUCCAGCAGUCCCUCUGUGUUCACACAGCAUGGGGACAAGGCAGACUUCCCUGCCAGCCCUACAGGACAGGUCAGCACUUCUCACCCUGUGCCUGCCUCCCCAGGACAUUCCACAGCCGUGAUCAGCGUGCCCAGCUCCCAGCAACACCUCUCCUCUAACAUGUUUGUAGCCCUGCACUCUUACUCAGCCCACGGACCUGAUGAGCUGGACCUGCAGAAGGGAGAAGGCAUCAGGGUUCUGGGAAAGUACCAAGAUGGCUGGUUGAAGGGUCUUUCCUUAGUCACAGGACGAACUGGCCUCUUUCCAAGCAACUAUGUCAUCCCUGUUUUCAGUUCAACAAGAAAGACAUCUAGUUUUCCAGAUUUCCGGAGCCCCACUCUCCUCCCCUCAUGGGCGUUAUCCACCUCCUCUGUGUCCUCCCAGGGUAGCCUUUCAGAAGGUAAUCCCCAGCAAAGCCAACCCUUCAAAUCUGUCUUUGUGCCCACUGCCAUAGCGAAGCCUGAGAGGAGCACACCUAGCCCAGGAACUUCGGGACAAGGGUCUCUUCGGAAAGGGCGGAGCAGCGUGAGAAAAAAUGGAUCCCUGCAGAGACCAGUCCAGUCUGGGAUCCCGGCUUUCAUGGUGGGCCCCCUCAGGUGCAGUUCCACCAUGGUGAUCCAGCCUCAGAAGUUCCAGUUGGGUCAGCCACAGGAGAUGACCCCUGUCCUAACGCCGAUGACGGUGGACAUUGGGCCUAAACCCAUUUCCACUGGGGAGCCUGCCCUGACCUGCAUCAACAAAGGUGCCAAGACCAGGGUCCACUCACCAGCCAGUUCUGUCAUCAUGGAAGGCAAAGAAAUAUCCAUCAAGAGUGAGCCGCCAGUCAAGCCGCCUGCAUCUGCCCCACCCUCCAUCCUAGUGAAACCAGAAAAUUCAAAAAAUGGCACCGAAAAGCAAGUCAAAACUGUGAGAUUUCAGAAUUACAGCCCUCCUCCCAGCAAACAUUAUACCUCCCAUGCCACCUCUAGAAAGCUGGAACAGCCAGCCACCUUGAAAGGGUCGCAGCCUGAAGCACCCCCGUCUGCAACAGGGAUGACCGUUCUAUUUGCCCACCGAAGUGGCUCUCACUCUGGACAACAGACAGACCUUCGGAGAAAGUCAUCUUUUGGCAAGACCAUGACCUCAGCGCCCACUGCUGCAGCCACACAGACCGUGCUUCCCAGUAAAUGACUCUUCAAGUGGCUUUUCUCAAGACACAAGAGGUGAAUGGCAUGUAAAUACAGUCUGCCUCCACUACACGCAGCCUGCUGUUCCUUGAUCUCCCGUUUUAAACCCGCAGGAAUGAGAAGGCAGGAGUUCCAAGACUGGCCUUCUCCUUUCUUUUAGCUCUGGCUGUCCUGGAAUGCACUCUGUAGACCAGGCUGCCCUUGAACUCAGAGAUUACUGUGCACCACCACUGCCCAGCGCAUUUCUAAACUUAGUGAUUUAAUACAGCCAAGCCCACUGCUUGGGCCAAAGGACGGGGAAAGUGUCAGUGGUGACCGCUCUUCCUCUGUGCUCAGUGUAUCCUCAAACAGCCAGAGUAUGGCAGUGGUGAAAUUGCUCUCAGGGCAUCUUUAACCUCAUCGCCAUCUCCCUCUCUUCUCAUCACACUACAACAGCCUCUGCCUUCUGAGGCCACCGCUUUUUCAUUCCCACACAGUCACAACUCCAGUGGCAAAGAGAGAAUUUGGGGGAAUGGUAUGAGAUGGACAUUUUGAACAUUCUGAGGACCCACCAGAACUGAAGGGGGUUACUUCCUGAGUUUGCUGCAAACAAGGCCAGAGGGAAUGCUGACUACCAAAUGCCAAAAGAUCAUCAUCCGUUAAGCUUCUUGGUCUGUUUCUUCCCAUAUAUUUCUACACAGUGGAUACAGGGAGCAUGGAAAGGCAGAUAAGGGAUAUGUAUGGUAGUACAGACUUUUCAUCCUUCCCCUCGAAGCAAAAUGUGCGUGAAAGCAACCUUGAAUGGGCAGUGAGUUUAGAUCUGUAUUCUGCUUGCAUUCACCAUUUCCACCCUCCCUGGUUCCUAGCCCUUUAAAGCAGAUGACUAGUUUCCCCUUUAGGACAAUGGGGGCAGGGGAGGGGAGGGUUGGGUAAUUCCUGGAGGAGAGCUGUUACCAAAGGAAGUAGACAGAGAAGGAUGGAGAAAUAGAGAGAUAGGAGGAAUAAAGGAAGACUCAUGCGUGAAACAAAUAUAGACGAGAAGGCGGGAUGAAUGAACGUCUCAGGGAAGGAUAUAAAGCAGGUGGUACGGAAGCACUGUUUACCUCGCUGACAGAAGAGGGAAAGGGACAAGAGUCUGCCACGGGGAAAGGGCCCAAACCAGGUGACUCCACACAGAUGCACUGGAGUGAGCGGGUCCAGCCAAGGAGCCUUGCGUGCAGGGCAGGGGAGUGGUGGGAGGCAGCUCUGAGAGGCAGCCCAUUAGUUCUCAUUAAAUGUAAUUGUCGUGACUUCACAUUCAUCUCAUGCCCAUCAAUGUGGACACUUUGAUGCAUAAAUGCCAUUUGCUACUAAGGCUGGGUGCCACUUUAAAAAAAAAAAAAAAGGCAGGUCUAAUUAGACGUUUCCCGAAACAGUUCUUGCAGGGCUCUGGAUUUCAAACAUGCAUCUUUUACCCACCUACACACUUGGCAAACUGAAUUAUCUGUAGGCUUUUCUAGGCAUUAACGGAAUAAAACGAAACCAUGAUCCUGCCAAGGAAUACGACAUAUGUGCCUGAGUCUUGGAACUGGUGGAGUCCACCAUGGCAUGUUGUUCUCGCCUUUCUGUAAGAUAAGUGUGACUCAGGUAUAGAUCGUGAAAUCAGCAUGCUCAGUUCUGCCUUCUUGAACUCAGGACAGCCAUCCACAUGAAGAUGCAAGGCAGUCACAAGGACAGAAACACACCAUGAUUUGUCCAAGUACGAAGACUGUGUCUCACCCUUACCCCCAAAAGCAUUCCCAUUAGGUCCAGCCAGAGCGGCAGACCAUUAGAUGUCUAGCUCAUUCUUCAGUGGUGACAGGUCCAGUUUUAAUGUUUGUAGCUAUCAAGCAGGCUGCUUAAAGGACAACAGAGAGGCAUGCCUAGGAAAAGGAAAUAACGUGGAACAUGAAACACUGUAUACUGCCCCGCACAUUGUACACUAUCUGUACAGGGUAACAGCCCUAAGAAAUUAGCAUGCUUCCAAGGACUACCACCCGCCCCCCCAGCACCAAACCUUUCUUCCAUUCCCAGAACUGAAUGCCUCGCAAAGCAUAUUGCAUCUUGUAGAGCUCUGUGAGCGCUCAGACAAGAUGGGCUGACAAGAUUGCCAAAUAUCAGUUUCAUGAGCGCCUUUCACUCCUUUGUUCUAGCCACAUGAGGCAGGGAUAGGAACCCCACCUAUCUGAUAGCAAAGCCCAGCUGGGGACUGUAGUGUUAUGAACCAAAAGACCACCGUUGAGUCCAGAACAAUGAGAGUUCCAACUGCUACAAGGCAAUAUAAUGCAAUUUUGGCUACACAUUCAGACAAGGCCAGCAGGCUCUGCUGGACAUAGAGUUGAGGUUUUCAUCUAUCACUUUCUAGACAGGCUAUCCUGCUUAAUCAGGCAGAUAUUACUUUGCAUAAAUAGGGUAAUAGUGCCAGCCUAACUGGACUAUUGUGGUGGUUAUCUGAGAUAAUAAAACAACUUAAACAGUGCUUAAUGGUUACUUACAAAUGCUGGACUUGGUUGUUGUUGAUGAUGAUGAUGAUGAUGAUGAUGAUGAUGAUGAUGUUAUUUAUAUUGUUGUUGUUUUUAACAGCACUGAUGGACAUGGUGGCUUAUGGUACCUUUAAACACAGGACUUGAGGGAGGGGGUGGCAGAGGCAGGAGGAUCUCUAGCAUACAUAGAAAGUUCCAGACUAGCCAAGGCUACAUAGUGAGACCCUGUCUCAAAAUAAUACAACCAAAAAUAGGACUUUAAAAUCUCAGAUGGGAAUUUUUAAAACAAAGAUCUGUCCAGCACUGUGUAGUUAAAAGGAAAUCCACACAGCCUGUUCUCUGAGGUCAGAACCCAGUCUGAGUCCUGAAGGAAAAGCAAGAGUCACAAUGAGCAAGGGAGAAACGGUCUUCCAAGUAGACAGAAAGCUUUAGCAAUUGGGCUUAAAUGGAGCAAUCAAGCCACAUUCCAUUGACAAAUCUACUCCUUAGUAGAACAUUAAAGAGACCCAAUACUCCAAGUCUGAAAGGAAAAUUUUCUCCUGUACAUGCAAACCUCCCAACUAAGACACGGAAGCCCUGGAAGGUGCCCCAAUGCUUCAGGCUCAGUCCCUGGCACCAAAGGGGUUAAUGGUAGCAUUUGUUUAAAGGAAAUGGGAGGACAGCUAAGAGAUGACAGUGGGACAUCACCACCCAAGGACCAUCCUGAGAAAAGGAACUAAGCAGCAUCAAGAUCCUCCAACAGAGCUCAUCUUCUUCCUUCACCCUCACCCCUCACCCUUCACCCAUCUCCAAAACAGGCCUCUUGGAGCAGAAGAAUCUGAAGUAAUGUUGACUUGGUGAGUCUGGAAACUGAUACAAUGACUCGUGAAUCUGAGCAUCUCUUGAAAACUCGGAAUGUGAGUCCACACCAGGUCAACUUCCCGUUGCCCCUGCAGCCUGAAACAGCUGGGUCAGGAUCGAGUUCAACACAUUAGCCACGGAUCUGUCAGCUCGCCAAUCCCACAGGCUUGCUCCUCUCAUGCACACAAUCCAUUUAGACACACUUGCCCCUCGGACUCCAUCUCUCAAGUCAUGACCCCCUCCAAAGUUAGAGCUGAGUCACUAAAGACUGGUUGUCCAGGAAUUCUUGGAUAGUGGCCUUGAUCUGGACUUUGGGAGUCAUAUUCAGUGAUCUCUAGGUGAAAACCAGGCUCUCUUCAGUUUUUAACAAGCCCUCGUCCACAAUGGCUCAGAAGCAGAUAAGAUAAGAAGGUUUUAUCUACCUCUGUUAUGGGCAAAAUAGAAAUGACAUUCAGUAGGAGCAUGCCUGGAUGGUUUUUUUCGAAUAUUGAAAUCAGUCUGUACUAACAAUUGAGUUGAAGGUACCCAAAGCUCUUUGUAUCUUCUCCCCAUCCACAGUCACAUUUUCCCCCCAGACCCCUCUCCUCCACUCUACCACUCAGCAACUAAACAGAAGCCUGAAGAUCUCUACCAUAAAGCUCUUCCUCAUUCUGACCAGUUAGUGCCUAUGUCUGGUUACUGAAAGCCUGACUGUUGCCCUAUGAAACAAAACAGGGCCAAUGAGGUCACUCAAAAACAGAGAACACUGCCAGAAAGCCUUGGAUUCUUCCCAACUCUGUCCUGGCUCAGGAAAGAAGAUGACUGGGUGAAAAUGUCCUCCACGGAGCCUGCCUCCUCCAUCUAACACUCCCAUAAGCAAUGCUCAUGUGCUUCCCAGCUCCUCCUCACACACAGUAUUGGCAGGUGUAGAAAUCGUUUGCCUCUAAGAGAUCACCAGACAGCCCCCGUGAUCCUUUCACCCCUGGCAGCCACAGGCCUGCCACACAGCUCUGGACUCCUUCCCUGGGAAAUGAGCUGAGAAAAGAGGAACAGCAAAUAUGCCCUCACAGCUCUGCUGCCAAGACCACACAUGUAACAAACUGGCCCGGCCAGCACCGGGGCCAUUGAUGCUUCCCUUGUUUAUGCCUUGAAAGACUCCAGUCUUCCCUUUUGUUGAGAUAAGAGAAUAUUCACAGUUCUGGCAGCUUCUGACAUGACUACGAAAGACAGCUGCUUAGGGGAUGCGUUUAAGAGGAAGGACUGGUCCAGUUGACGCUGAAGAUUGUGCUGCAGGUUGGUGUCAUUGGGAAUAAAUCACGCAAGGACAUUUUGCUUAAAAUAGAGCAAUCGUAAAUGAUCAAGCUGUCUGCCAGAGUUAUGUCCUAGACCAGAGCAGAAACAAAAUGUUCCCAGGAGCCCUCGGUCCGCUGAUCUACACUUUGACAAAUACGAAACUGAAGAGGUGGUACCCAGGGUACACCUUCAAAUCAAACACCAGGAAAGUGGGAACAGGAAACAGUGUGCCACACAGUGAGUUAUCCAUCAGUCACGUUUACAACAGGCUUUAGGAGAAGUGACAGAGACAUACUAGUUAACAGGAGGCAAAAAUAUAUACAGCCCUCGUGGUGUGUGAUUUCUUGAUGUUCCUCAAUUGGGGGCUUCUCUUGCUAUUUCUCCUUUUAAUUAUCAAAUGUUACACACACACAUAUAUAUAUAUAUGACAUAUACUGAAACAGUUUUAUGAUUACAUGACAUCAUAAAACAGCUAUAUCUGGUACAUAGCUUUUUAAAGAACAGGAAUUGCCAGUGCUAUUGGGGUCCUACUGUGUGACUCUCCCCUCCACUAUCCCUCCCAAGCACAGUCCUGAACUCUACACUUAUCUUUGCACUGUGAUGUUCCCACACUUGGGCUGUAUGGAAUUCUCACACACUCCUUGCAGAGAUGCUCAGUAAACAGUCAAGUGAACGAUGCAACACCGUGCUGUAAAUAUUUUGAGUGUUUGCAACCCCAUCUGGCUCCUGCCACUGGGAUCCCAUCGCUUUGAUUUGCUGCUGGGAACAAAUUAACUGAUGUGUGUGAUUUUGACAUGAUGCUAGCUACAGGGAUUUUUCAAGAACUCUUCCAAGAACAGCUGUUUGUUGACUCUAAGUUGAGGCCAUCCCUAAACUGUUAGAGGAUGAGAUUUUUUUUUUUGGCACCUCCUUUCUGAGCCUUUGCCUAGUACCUCUUAGUAGCCAACUAUGGAAACCAAAACUGGUUUAUGGGAAUCUGAAACUGAAAGUGUCUUGGUGCUGCUGAGAUGAUGCUGAUGAUGACAUUGACAAUGAGACAAUGGCAAUGCCGAGAUCCAUGAUGAGGACAACAAUGACAAAUGCCCAUAAGAAUCCUGUGAAGCAUGAGAAAACAUCUAUUUUGGUUCCUAAACUGCAGAUCAGAAAAGAGUGUUUUAUAAUGUGUAGUUCCCUGUGAAAAGUCACAAAAUCAGUUGGGUGUGGAGAAGAAACUAAAAAGCAAAAACAAACAAAAAGCAUCUAAUGAGAUAAUUGCCAUCAUUUACUCAGCACUUACAGCAUGGCAAGGGCUUUACAUGUUUCAUACAUUUCUCUAAAUCGACCCUAUUCUAUGACAGUUGUUGCUUUGAUAUCAUGCCAUUGUAGAGAGAGGAAUUAGGGCUCAGAGCUCAAAUGACUUGUUCAAGGCCACAAGGACUACAAUCCAUAACUCAACCCCCAAACCUCAAUCAAAUCACAGCCUCCCUUUGCUUCAACAGCAACUAUAAAACAUUCUUCUAAUGUGGUUGAAGUUGGGAAGGAUAGAGCAAGAUCACUACGAUUAGGUCAGAGACAAGCAGGGGGGUACAUCUCUGCAGGUAAAGCUUCCCAGAAAAAAGAAAUUGAAGUAAGAUCUUGUCCAAGAGGCAGGAGUGAGGUGUGACAGUGGAGGAAGAGCAAUGAGCAUGGCUGCCUUCUAAGGAGUCCUGGCUGGAAGGAAGUGGAAGUUAUCUGAGAGGUCUCUGCCCAAAGAAGGGAAAACUAUCCCUUCUGUGCAAGCUGCCAGCCACAGCCAAGUGCAUGAAACAGAAUGGACAUCAAAGCACAACGGUCAUUUUGAAUUCCCAAAUCACUGCCUCUCCCUGAUAUUCUGGUUUUUGCCUGUCCUUGCACUAAACGAUACAAAGCAGAUCCCCAGACAAGAGAGAAUAUGAUUUCCAAAAUAAUCCUAUUUUCAUCUCCUCUGGGAACAAGAUGGAUCACGGAGGUGCCAUCUUCCAGUGUUCCAUUCCGGCAUUUAUACAAAGUUCAAAGGCAGCCCCCACAGAUGCAAGCUGUGGGCGCUGCUGAUGGACAACAACUGCAGCCUGGUAAGGACAGAGAGGAUGCGGCCAGGACCCAGGGAGAAAGCAAGAGGCAUUUGUAGAGGCUACUUUGUUCAUGGUAGGCAGUUUGAGUGGACACCCUGGAGCCCAUGCUAGCUUGACGGCCAGACUUAAUGGGAGCCACUGUGACAUCAGGAUUUGACUGCCAUAGAUCGCUCGGGUCCUGGAUGCCAGAAGCGUCCUAAAUGCCUUCCCAUGAAAAUAGAGACUCCUGGACCACAUGAGGAGAUUGUCAAAGCUCUUUACUGGCAUUCAGGAGACCCAUACAAAUAAGCACCCAGGAAGCCUAAAGAGACAGCUAUGAAAUGCAAGUAAAAAGAGUUCUGUCUUUGAACGGCCUGGUGGGAAUUAAAUAAGGCAAUGGGCCCAAUGUCAUUAGCACUGUGCCCAGCACACAGAAAGCACUCUAUAAUGCUGUCAUUAUUAUCCACAUGCAUUUUUUCAUCUAAGCCUCAGAACCAUCCCAUGAGUUAAGUACUAUGCUCCCUCUUCACAGAUCAAACAACUGAAAGCGAUAAACCAUUCGUUCAUGUAAGGUCACAGUUAGGAAGCAGCAGGCAACCUCCUUUUACCUCUCAGAUAAGCUGGUGAGUACAUGAGGCUCACAGUCAAAGGACAGUUAUUCUGAAAUGCGUUUUAUGCCAUUGCCCUCACCAGUCUUUUCCAGUUAUCCCUGCUCCAUCACCACCCCAUCUGAUGGAGUUUUAGUGUUUAGGGUUGUCUGUAGCCCCAAAUAUAGCUAGUAGGGUCACUGGUCAUGUCUACGCUAGAGCCUUGAAGCUUUAUAGGGCUGACAAGACAUGAAAUGUUCAUUCUGGUUUGCAAUAGGUCUGACAGGACAAGCCUCCAGCUGGCUGAUGAUUUUAACAGCAGCUCCUCCCCUUUGCUGCCAAAUGACACGCUACGUAGCUCAGAAAAUGCGUGUGCUCAUUAGUCAACCCCUGCUGGACAUGCCACCAUGGCCUAUGGGAUCUGGGCCACAAUUGCAGUCAUCCUUUUCCCACUUAGAGCCAGAACACUUGCUUCCCAGGUAAAAACCAACAUUAUUUCACCCACUAAUUUUUUCAUUCAAUUGAGCACCUACUGUGUGCCAGGAAUUGUUGUAUAGUGUUGGGACACCACAGUAAACAUCAGGCAAGCUUUCCACACCCAUAAAUGGAGCAAACAGUAAACACACACAACUGUGAACAGCUCAGAGGUCAAGAAGGAAGCAGAGAGAUGGGACAGAGUAUGGCUGAGAGGUGGGAGCAGUGUUACCAGGGAAGGUGUCUCCAAGAAGGUGACAUCUAAAUUGAAAUGGAAAAGCUGGGAAGGAGUCAGAGGUACAGCAUGGAGAAGAGAGCAGGAGUAACCUCACAGUGCCAGGAAGCUCCCAGGCUGGGUUCCACUGAGCACUCUCCAUUCAGCAAGCACCUUUGAUCAUGCAGUAAUGAUAUAUUUUGAGGCAGGCUCUCUAUAUGUAAUCCAGGCCAUCUUAGAACUCUGUAUGUAGACAAGGCGGCCUUGAAUUCACAAAGAUCUACCUGACUCUGCCUGCUCAGUUCUGGAAUUAAAAGUGGACACCACCACCAAUUGACUGCAGUAAUUAUUUCUUAAAAGGACAGUGUGAAAGGAGAUGGAUCCUCUUUCUUGACCAGAAAGACCUCUGUAGGAGGGACGGACCCUGGAGAUGCUUCUCAAGUUACCACAGCAACACAAAGAUUGCGACCCUGUCCUUUGCCCCAAACUCCACCCAACUCUGGUCACUAACUCUACAUGAGGCGUGGCUUAGGCACCUGAAUUCCAGAACUUCAGGGUCUUAGGAGCUCAUAUCCCAAAGGAACCAUCUCUCAUGGCUCUUUAAGGCAAUGUCUGCACAACUCUGUUGGGGGUGGGGUCAAAAACCCCUAAAUGGUGAUUUAGAAUUGUGUAAACAGGCAUGAUUUUUUUUUUAAUUUUUUUUUGUCUGUAAGGGUGUCAGUUCCCCUGGAACUGGAGUUACAGACAGUGGUGAUCUGCCAUGUGGGUGCUGGGAAUUGCACCUGGUUCCUCUGGAAGAACAGCCAGUGCUCUUAACCUCUGAGUCGAUCUCUCCAGCCCCAGGCAUGAAUUCUUACCGUUAGGAUGAAUUGUUGAAGUUCCACACCCACCAAUGCACUCAGAAAAUACUCAGUAAUGGGUCUCUGCCCUCUUCUGCCUUUCUUCUUUUCUCUCUUCCUUUUCUCUUUCCCUCUCUGGCAUUGCACAUAGAGCCUGGGCUGCUGAACUGGAAAAUCUGGAUUGUAUACAAAAUAUGCCUUCCUGUGUAACUUUGAGCAGUCACUUUACCUCUCUGACAAUUCUCUCAUCAAUGUAGCAGAACUAACAAUAAAGCCUGUGUGUGUGUGUGUGUGUGUGUGUGCGCGCGCGCGCGCGCGCGCAAUUGCGUGUGUGUCUAGCUGCUGUUAUUUCUGUUUUAUAAAUUAAAAUGUGUCAUUGUAAGAACUCCCGGAAACAAACACGGGAAAGGGGGGGUCUCUUUAAUGGCAAAAGGAACUCUAGUUAGAUGUGUAACAAGGAUCCAGCACUUGGUGAUCGGCUCCCAUGUACAGGAUUUACCAUUCUUUAAUCAAGAAACAAGGUCACGAUGGGGCCUUCAAGGAGCCCCUUACAUUUAUAAUACAUUUGAGCCAAUAACUCUAGAACCACUGCUAUGGGCCUGUCUUCUGUGUGCAUUACUUGACUGUUUAAAAUUCUCCCCACCAUCACAAAGCACUAUCACCAUCUUCGUGGUACCAACAAGGAAUCUUCGGACCACACAUCGGGUCACGGGUUGGUAACUGAUGGAGUUUAGGGGAAAAUAAGCAAUCUGAAUCCAGUGCGUGGCUGCUAACUGCUCGCCACCUCAUCUAAACGGUCAGUGAAAAGCUUGCCUCAGACAUCGGGGCCUUCUUCUUCAGGUUUGUCUUUUGCGCACUCAAUAAAGAAAAGAAUUACUGCCUGCCUAAUCCGGAAAGCCCUGGCCUGUAGUGCUAACACGGGCAGCUUCGCAGUCCUUCCCGAUUCUAGCCUAGAAACAUACAUUGCUCCUCUAUUAGUGGGGUUUUCGGGCGCCUAUUAAAAUGUCAAUUGCUCUCAGGUCAGAAUUCUUUCUACGUCAUUUGGUACAACCUGGAAUGUGAGGUUAAUGCGGCAGUGACCUUCCCUUCACAGGCCUUCCUUAUGGCUUCCCGGGCCUCUCAGAAAGACAGUCUCUCCCCCCACCCCGCCCCCCAGCUGAUACCUGGACUGAUAAGCAGGUCACAGUGGACCUUUUCUGAGGGCAGCUGGCCCUUUACUGACAGAAGCCCAACACGGAUGCAGGUACCACGUGCGAGGCAGGAUGCGCCUGAGACGACUGAGUUCCCUAAGAACUAAAAUUCCCCCUGGGGGGUGUAGGGGGGGCGUGUCUUUAAUCCUAUGACUCAGAAGGCAGAGGCAGACGGCUCUCUCUGAAUUCGAGGCUAUCCUGGUCUACAAAGCGAGUUCUGGCACAGCCAAGGCUACACAGAGAAACCGUGGGGAAAAAAAAAAGUGAAGACAACGUGACACCAAGUCCAGUGCGACUCGGUGACAGGGCGGUACAGAAUUCAGUGGGGGACGCACGGACUUUGUGUUCACACCUGCUUCUUUUGCUGAAGGAGAAGCAGCCACCUGGCACAUCUGGCGUCUCUGGUCGACACCGUGCUGAGUGGAGCACGUUUGCUGAUCAGUAAGGGCUGCGCUGGGCAUGCAGCCUCCUAGGAACCAUGUGAAUCUCAGCUUUGGGGCUUGAUGGGCCUUUUGGGAAUUGGGGCUCCUUUAGUCCGUCCAGUUUCCGGAGCCAUCAAUUAUAGUUCUUGGGAGACAAGGGAUUUGGGUUAAGGAUCCCAAACUUGGUGUUGUUAGACCCCCACAAACUUGGCUUCCAACAUCUGUUCUUGCUACAUCUUCCACAAUUAAGUCAAACUAGCCUGUCACAUCGCCAGGAGUUCCUGGCCGGAAGUCAGGCUUUCGGUGAAAGUAGGCAGGGAUGUGGAAAGCAACUUCUGCUUACUUCCUGUUGGAAACUCAUGAAUAAGCUGAGGCCAGUUGUAUUAGAAGCCAAGUCUUAGAUAAAUUUGUCAGACUUUUUGUUUUUCAGGUUUUUUUUUCUAUUUUCACUUGUCUAUUCCUCCUUCAGCAUGGUCAGUUUGGACUUCAUUUGCACCGAAGAUCUUAAAUAGUUGCCCUACCAAUUUGGGGUCCUCUCCUCCAAUUGUCCUAGCAGCAAAGGUAGAGUUGAGCAGAGCCUAGUUGCUUACAUGAGGAUGGCUAGGAUACAGGUCAGGUCUGGUAUUCAAAAUGAAAUGCUUGAAGCCUCAGGGAAAUUCUAGGAGCUCAUGAAUUUUAACUUAUUUCCAAAAUAAUUUCAGGCUUACAUAAAUGUUUUCUAAAAUUGCACAAAAUAUUCCCAUGCACCCUGCCAGUAGGUUCCCCAAACAUUAACAUUUUACUGUGCUGGUUUUGAUAUUUAUUUUUCCUGAACCAUUGGAGCGGAGGUUGAGGAACAAAUGGCAAGUUAUGGUUGUAUAUUUUAGAGUUCAUUUCCCAAACACAAGGUAUGCUCAUACACGGCCUCAAUGCGAGGAAAUCAGGACAUCAGCUUGGCAUGAUGCUAUUAGCUAGUCUGCAGACCUUAUUGAGUUGGCGCACUAGUUUUGGUUUGUCUUUUUUUUUUUUUCAUUUGUCCUAUUUUUCUUUAUAGAAAAUCUUUAGAAAAUUCUUGUCUAGGAUCCCUUCCAGAUCCAUGUAUGGAGUACAACUGUCAUAGCUCUCCAGUUUCUUCCAAUCUGGAACAGCUCAAGAUUGUCUUACAGGAUCUUGGUAUUUUGAAAAAUACCAUUUAUUUUAUAGGAUGGAUGUCAUCUAUGUCUUCAUCAUUAAACACAAUCAUUCACUUUGGACAGCAACAGGCUAAUCCAAAGAAUCAAAUGGAAUAUCUAUAUCCAUGCUGAUUUAAAGAGAAUAAAAAAAAAAAAAAGCACUUUGUUACAGGAUUCAUGUACUAAGUGUAGAGAAACGGGUAGAAUUGAGACACCACUGCUUGGCAGCCACCUCAGUAAUAGUUAGCUCAAAGAAGAGCCAUCAGUGAAUGUUGACACUAGGUGGGUGACAGCCUGAAGAAACGGGAGCAUCUCCUCACAAAGCAGGAUAUGGCAACUUUAUAGUUCAGGAAUCAAAUGGUCCAUGAGUGUCACCAGCACUGGGGAAACACAAUCCUAAACCUUUCCUGACAGGACAGCCUUUCUUCUGCAAGAAGAAAAGACCAACUCCUGCCCAGAGUGCUUGAGUUCUGAAGAAGUGUAGUUCCUCCAGGUUGCAUCCCUGCCUUAAUGCAUUCUGCAAUCUUUUUUCACCUUCACAGAGCCUGCCUUGGCAAUCAGCUCCAGAAAAGCUAGGAACACUUAGGAUGCUGAAGGAAGCAAACAAGCUGUUGGAUAGCAGAUAUUCAGUGGAAGACUGUGGCCCAGGCAACAUUUUUUGAACAACAGGGAUGGCACUGGAAGGCUAAGAUUCCAUCCUCCAAGACAGAGAGACAUCUGUCCUUUGUCCCUAGUGGGUGUUGAACCAGAAGGGAGGAAAGCAAGGGGUCACAUGCUGUUGUAGGUUGCACUUCCUAUCCCUCCCCUUUUACUCACUGUUGUCAAAGGUAUACUUGACCUUGUCAAUGGUCAAUGCUUGGCAUGUCACCAACAAAUUAAAAAAAAACCCUCAUCCUCCUAUGCCUUCCAGCCCUGUGUCUGCCUGUCUCUCCAGCUCAUGACUGAGGGCAAUGCAUGGCUGAUGUAUUCUUCUCUAAGCUUUGAUCCAGAGAGGUUCCUGCUUAUAAAUACUGUCCUCUAGGCUUCACCCCACCCAUGACCCCCUACCAUGAAGCCAGCACGUUAACCUCUCCAUCUUUUCCUGUGAUGCCUAAUGGCUCAGAGUGUGUCUUGAAGGGCCCAAGCAGCUGUGCUGUAGCAGCUGUGCUACCAUACCAAGCUUCAGAAGAUACUGUAGCCCUGAGUUUCUGUUUCCUAGGAAUGUUCCCACAGUUUGCUUAGAUCAUGUUUCUGUUUCUCUGAACAUGAAACUAUAGUCCAUGGAAAUAAGAUACAAUAACUCAAUAACCUUCCUGAAAAUUAGAAAUAAUAAUCUAGUAACUGCCUUCAAAAGUCCCCAAACACUUGGCCAAUGAAAUUAAAGGUUAUUAGAAAUGCUUUGUCUAGCUAUUCAAAAUGAUAUUGUUACCUGGGCACUUUUUGUUAGCACUCUUUGUUACCUGUUACCUGGACACUCCAUGAAGUAACCCCCCCUCCAUCUCCUAGAUUAGCACCAACAAAUCAAUGAAAAGAUUACCUAAUCAAACUGGGGAAGUCACCUAACUUUCUUUAAAUUGAGCCUGGGUACUCAUUUCAGGGUUGCCUCUCUAUGGAAUGGUGGCCCCAGCAUGCUGGUAAAUUUCUACAGAAUAAACACUCCUUGCUUUUGCAUACUACCUGAGCCUGAGGUCCUCUUUCAGCAAUUCCCAGACCUAACAAUCCGAUAGAAGAGUGCUUCAUGAAACUUUUCCACUUAAAACCUCUUUUCUUGAGAAAUUUUUAUGCAACUCCAGGUAGAUAGAUAAAGUUUAAAAGGUAUGCAAAUCAAACACUGAUAAAUCAUAAAGAAUAUUUUAAAACAUUUCCUUGGUAUAAAUAUAAUUUUACCAUUUAUUAAAGGUUAAAGCAAAUCUGCAUGCUAAUUAGAUGGGUGUGUUCUUUGAUUACUACAUAAAGAAUUGAAUUUUACCAGGCACAUGCCUGUAAUUCCAGAACCUGGGGAGUGAAAGGCUCUAGACCUUUGGGAGUUCAAGGUCAUGCUUAGUUAUAUAGUGAAUACAAAGCCAGUCUGGGACACAUGAGACCCUGUCUUAAAAACAACACAAAACCAAGAAAGUAAUUAAUUUUGCAUAAGAACUCGAUACUGAAUGGUAUAAAGUAUCUUCAAUGUUUUCAGAGUUGAUCAAUAUUUUGAUUUUAUGGUCAUCAAUGCUGAGUGUUGCUUUGCAAAAAUACAUAGUAAACAGUGAUACAACUAUGCUUAGAGCCACUUCAUAAACUGUUAGUAAUACUGUCCUAACCCCAAACCAAAAUUAAUUCAAUGAUUUUUAUGAAACUAUCAGCAACCCACAGAGUAAUUUUCAAAUGAAGCAUUCUAACACAAUACAACCCAAAGGUAUGCUGAUUUGAUGCUCACAUACUCAGGAAGGAUGAUAAGAAAACAUCAAAAGUCUUUGUUUUCCAUAAUCAACAAGAGUAGAAAAUUUUGCAUGUGAAUUAAAAAUGAUAAAAUUCACCAAUAUUCUCUAAGCCAAGGUGCUCACACGGCAUCCAUUCACUGGUAUCACACAGCAUAUUUGCAAACUCAGUACACGGUUACAUGUUCAAAACUGAAGCUACAGUGAGGUCAUUCAAUGAAUGCAUCAUGGGCAUGGAAACCACUUUUUUAUUGCAUUUUCAUAAUCCCUGACAUUUAGUUAUGUAAGCCCAGACAGGGUGGCAACCAACAGCUUAAGAAACUAGGGGUUACAACAUAGUGGUCAAGGAAAUAAAGAACUGUGCCCAAGAAUGUCAGGUAGAAAAAAAAACCAGGAUUGCACAAGACAGUUACCACAGAGUAUCAUGUCUACAGACAGGCUAUUUUAGUAGAAACAACGGUGUCUAAAGAGCCAACAUAAAGGCAAGGUAUUGGAAGACAGUCUAUUCCUGCAUAUGUGAGUGUGUGCCUGCUUGCUUGUGUUUAACUGUAAUCUAAAACACAAUUUUUAAGAAAGUCACGUUAACCUAAGGAAGACAUUGGCCAGAUAAGUGAGAUUCACAAACAACCCUGAAGUUUUUAUGAGUUGUACAUUUCUAUGCCCUCCUUUUAAGAGAUUGCUAAGAAUGCAAUGUCUUUUUAAAAGGACGUAGCACUCUAAUCAGAGGUGAUGAUGGAGUACAUUGGUUGUCUUAAAGCUGGGGGUCCUAAUUUGACACUCAGGCAUCCCUGCUCAGCUUGCCAUCCAGCCCUGCUUGUAAGCAAGAUUGAGCACCAGCCAAAUGGAGAGUAGGGGAAAGGCUAGACUUUCGCAGAACAUUCUCUUCAGUGACACUAGUUCAUGCAGCAGCUGUGACCCACCUGUACUUGAGUUCCAGUGAGUGUGCUUGCCAGAAUCCUGCAUUUGGGAGGAGUUUCAAUGCUAUUAGUGGCAUAUGGAAAAGUUGAGAGGGAACACCUGUCCGUAUAAAAAUUAGGGGAUAAUGUAAGUUAGUCCCCAGGAGCCAGGGACCUUUACAUAUCAUCCCCGUCUGCUUCACUGGAAACAAAGAUGGCUUCCAGCUCUCCAUCGUGUGAGCAACAGAAAUUUGCUCCACAUUGUUGGCAUAUUUUUAUCUAUUUUAUUGGGUUCUUAUACCUACUAUCCUUCCCACCCUUAGUCCAUCCUAAUCCCUCCCAAAGCGGGGGGGGGGGGGGUAGGUAUUUUAAGACUAUUUCCUGCUGACUAGGGACAUUGGGUUCCUUGGGGCCAGUCCAGUUUUCCCUCUCAGGAUAUCACCAAAUUCUCAUCAAACAACAACAACAGCAACCAGGGGCAGCAGCCUUUUCUUCUUCAGAAUGCCCAUGUCACUCUUGGGGUGCUCAAAUUUAUACCACCUUCCAAGCUCCCAGACAGUUUAAACACAAACUAUCUGCAGCUGACAAAACCACUCCCCUGCCAAUGCGUGAGGCAAAUCAUUAUCACCUGCUUUGAAGCAGCCUCUUAUCCCACACCUGGAAUUAAAACAAAACUACAGUCACAUUACAUAACUGGUUUUUGUUUUGUUUUGUUUUAAGAAACCAGAAUUCUCACUAUUCUGCAUUUUUUGCAUGCUUUGUUUUGUUUUGUUUCUAGAAAUUUUCUAUGGAACAUAUAAAGGGUUUCAUGAGG